CCGGGGGUAGACCGGUUUGAGAUACUUGGGCCCUGGGGCCCACACCUGAAAGCCCACACUUUUGAGACUUGAGACGCAGAAACCAUUGCUGGUGGCUUCGGGCGUGUUCCCAGACGCCCUGUUCGGACCACCAAACGACCACAUGUUUGUCAUAUAUAUAUAUAUACACACAUAGUAUCACAUACUAUUGUGUAGGCAGUAUACAGAGUUGAAGCCACUGAUCAGCAGGUCCAGUGGUUGGGGUCUGCCAACUCCUCGACGAUUGGACUGGCUCACAUUCGGCAUUCAGCCCCUCAAAUUUGUGCGAGCAGCCAGUUCGUCACCUGGCCAUGGCACAAACAUCGGCAACUCAACAGAAGAAGGCACCUACAUCGCCCCUCAGCAAGACGGACCAGGUGUGCCGUCAGCAUCAUAGGGAGCUGGCCAUUGCUCAGAGGGAUGUUGGGAUUUUCCUGCAGUCCAAUGGCUUCGACCCUGCGAACGUCCAGUCCCAGCGUGGACGUUGGCUCGUCACCUAUCCCCUGCAUGAGGCGGUGAAGCAGAACAAUGCCUACAUCACCGCAAAGCUUCUGAUGUUCGGUGCCGUCUUGGAGGCCCGAGACACCUGGGGCUACACGGCGAAGCAAUACGCAAAGGGGCGGACGUCGCAUCAGCAGGUUGAAGAGGUUUUGGACCACCAUGCCAAGUACUGCAUGCUGCCGGGAAGGUCGAGCUCUUCCGUGAAGGCCGAGGGGCCUAGGUGGCACAAGUCCCAAGCGUGCGCACCACCUCGUGGCUUCGAGCAGUUCUUCGCCGAUUUGGAGCUCCGCGAUCCUCUCGUGCAGGUCCCGAGCCAAGAAGGUGCCUGGUUGCUGAUCCGUGGGCCCAAGAACUUGAGGCAUGCCGCAAGAUCAACCAGUACUGGUGGCUUUGCACGAAAGGGCCUCAUCCACUUGUAGCUUGUGCGAAUGCGCACAUGUCCUGAAUGGAUUGCCGCCCUGGGGCAGAGUGCGGCCCCACCACCAUUCGCCGUUUAAGACAGAGACAGGUGAAUGGUGCUGUGGGCUUACAGAGAUUUCUGGGUAGGUCUUAGGCAAACUCUUUUACUAUUGAGGGUUGCUAAGGCUGCGAGAGUUCAAUUUCUUGCAUAGUCUUCCGCCCGUGUUUGGGGACACUCAAGUCCCUCGCAGAGCGUUUCAGGCUCAGCAACCUGUGCGGAAGCUCCACGACGAAUUAGGGCUCGUUGUUUGUCUU